AUGCUUUCUGCGUUUUCGCAGCUUCUUGACACCCCGCAGUUGUGGGGUAUCGACUCUCGAGUCGCAGCGCUCUCGGGCGUCGUCGCAUUCGGCCUGCUCUGGACAUACCGGCGGGUUACUCGAGUCUCCGUCGCGUACGUUCCUGGCCCUGAACCAGAGUCGUUCUUCCUAGGCAACUUGCCGGAAAUAUUCCAGAGUCAAGCUGGCGUCACCGACUUCAAGUAUCAACGACUGUAUGGAGAUGUUGUUCGCUUCAAAGGCGCCUUCGGAGAAGACCGUCUUAUGGUAUCAGACCCGAAGGCCCUUCAAUACAUAUUCCACACUGCAGGGUAUGGCUUCCUGAAAUGGCCCGAAAGAACCGAGAUUUCUCGUGUUUUAAUGGGACGCGGGCUUCUUUGGGCAGAUGGGGACAUUCACAAGCGUCAGAGAAAGGUUAUGCUUCCUGGCUUUGGAGCCCCCGAAGCAAGAGCAUUUGUGCCCAUUUUUCGACGCGUGGGGUCUGAGCUCACGGCUCAAUGGUCGGACAUUCUGGCCAGCUCUCCUGACCAAUCCGCCGUUGUCAAUGUUGCUUCAUGGCUUUCGCGUUCAACGAUGGACUCCAUUGGCGAAGCCGCUUUCGAUUACCAGUUCGGCGCUUUGGCGAGCAACGACAACGAAUUUAUGAAGGCAUACUUCGGACUCAUGUCGGACACUUUGGGAUCGCCACCUAAAUUCACUAUUUUCAUGCAAACAAUCCUCCCUGUCUGGGCCCUCCAGCUGAUGUCCAAAUUCUCCCGUGCAAGGAACUUGGUACACGCUCGACACACCGCCGACCUUGCGGAUGCAGUCGCCCGAGAGCUGGUUGACUCGAAAGGCGAAGCUCUUCUUCAAGGCAAAGGAAAUAAAGAUAUUCUUUCGUUGUUGGUCAAGGCAAAUACGUCCGAACAGGCAACUGACCGGCUCACAGAAGAAGAGAUGCUUGCGCAAAUGCGGACGAUUCUAUUGGCCGGCCACGAGACGAGUGCCACCUCCUUGUGUUGGGUUCUGCUGGAGCUCGCGAGAAACCCGGACGUACAGACCAAGCUUCGCGAGGAGAUUAGGGCGACUGAACGAGCUAUUCAUGCGCGUGGAGGAUCCGACUUUACUGCUGCUGACCUAGACGGCAUGACCUAUCUCGGAGCUGUCAUGAAGGAAUCACUGCGUUUCCAUCCAGCCGUGUACCAGAAUUACCGAAUGGCUGCGCACGAUGAUGUCUUGCCGUUGUCGACACCAAUCAAGACGACGGAUGGGAGAAUUCUCGAGAAGUUGCCGAUACCAAAGGGUGUAAAGAUCAUCUUGUCCAUUGCCGCGUAUAACAGAAAUGUGGAAGUGUUUGGCGAGGACGCACACGUUUAUAACCCGGAUAGAUGGUUCCGCAAUUCUGGAGAGAAGAGAGGUCCUACUCUUGGGGUAUAUGGUAACUUGCUGACCUUUGCCGGAGGUGUGCGCACAUGCAUUGGGUGGCGCUUUGCCCUCUACGAGGUGCUGGCACUCACGGUCGAGAUAAUCAACAACUUUGAGCUCUCCGUCACGCCCGAUAUCGCACGGCUGAGACGCGAGGCCUGCUUGGUGAUGAUACCAACGCUAGAGGGUGAACAGCUGAAGGGAGAGAAUUUGCCUUUGUGUAUCACCUUAGCCGCAAGGGAUUGA